GUCCAGACGAACAACAAAGGAGGAGCAAGCAAAAGCAAAACGCUGAAAGUGGAUUUUAACUUUAAUGAAGUUUUCGCUGUAAAGCUCAAGAGUUUCUCUUCUUCAACGUGUAAAGGUCGAGCUCAAGCUUCUCUACGCAUCGUUUAUUAAGAUAACUGAUGAGUUGUCAUUGUCUUCUAUGAGGUGGAAACAUGAAUGACUUACAGAUGCAUCGCUAUAGCAGACUUUCUAACUCCAGAAGUGACAGCAGUGGAACCAAUCUCUCUGACUCCGGUGUUGACACUGAUUCAAGCAUUGGAACACCUCCUUCAUUCAGUCAACUGUUAAAAAAUCAUGGAUACACCAUACAGAAAGAACUUGGACAAAGGGGUUCGAGAAUAGUGUUUCUGGUGCAUGACGAAGAAGGAAAUCCCUAUGUAAUCAAAAAGAUUAUUUCCGGAAAUAAGAAGGAAAUCGAGAUCUUUAAAAGUCUGGAGCAUGGAUAUAUUGUUACUUAUGUGGAUUUAUUUGAAGAUAAAGAAGCAGGACUCUUUUAUGUUGUGAUGGAGUAUUGUGCUGGAGGAGAUCUUUACCAGAGGAUGAAAGCACAGAAAGAGAGAGGGUUUUUUGAAGAACAUCAGAUUCUUGACUGGUUUGUUCAGAUUUGUCUGGCUCUGCAGUAUAUUCAUGAGAGGAAUAUUAUUCACAGAGAUAUUAAACCACAGAAUAUCUUCCUUACUGAGGAUGGUUACGUCAAUCUUGGAGAUUUUGGAUGCUCAAAGGGAUUGGAAAGAGCUGAUGCAUAUGCAGAAUCAGUAGUGGGUACAGAGCUGUAUGUCAGUCCAGAAGUUCUGAAAAAUAAAUAUAAGUCCAAAAGUGACAUCUGGUCCAUGGGAUGGUUGCUCCAUGAUCUCUGCAUGCUGGAUGUGUGGUCAGAUGUCAUAGAGCGUCGUUUUCAACAUAUCAACAGUAUGAGAGGAAACACCCCCCAAAUCUCGGAGAGAUACUCAGAAGAACUACGAAAAUUAAUCCAAGAAAUGCUCAGCUGUGACCCUACACAGAGACCUUCGGCUGAUGAGAUUCUAGCAAAACCAUUCCUGAACAAUGCAGUAAAAAAAUUGAGCCAGAGGAUUCCAUCAGGCCUUGAAGAAAGGCUCAAUCAAUCCUUCAAGAUCUUUGAUGAGGCCUACAAUAAGCACUAUCCAAACUUUGAGGCCUUAGUUGAAGAGUGGAGAGUAACAACAGAUUCACUAGAGGAGGUUCAUCGUAAUUGCACUAUAGGUACUCUGUCAGGUUCAGUGAUUGGAGCAGCUGGAGGAAUCACUGCAGUGGUUGGUGCAAUUUUGACUCCUUUCACUUUUGGAGCAUCUCUGAUUGUUACUGUUAUUGGUGUUGGAGUUGGUGUAGCAGGUGGUGUAACAGGUGCUGCUUCCAGCAUUACCAAUGCAGUCAAACAAAAAUCACUCCGUGAAAAUAUUCAGAGAAUUCAGCAGAACUUUACAGAUGUGACACCACUUCUCGAGUCACUGAAUGCAGUGAGAAAGGUACUGAAAACAGUCCAAAAAUUUAAGGAUUUUGUCAGUGACUCCUCUGACAAUGUGCAAAUGUCAUGCAAUGUAGGCAGAAGUAGACUAGUGUGUGGCACAGAACUCGUGCAUCUAGGUCUGCUGGCAAAUAUUGGCAUAAUUUUUGCUCAAACUGCCAGAGUAGGACGCGCAGCAGCUACAGCGGUAGCCACAGUCACAGGAGUGUUGAGUGGAAUAUUAGUCAUUGUUGACACGGUCUUCAUAGUGAUGGAUUCUAUAGACAUUCACCAGAUGAGACAGGGACAAGUAAAUGAUCAAAACAGGGUCACGUCAAGUUUACUCAAGUCCAUCGCUAAGAUGAGGAAAACACAUACAGAUCUAUGUAAUGUCUCAAAGGAAAUUAAAGAAACAAAAACGGAACUAAUAAAGUAUAUAGAAGUGGCCAGGGCUUACAGAGAUUUAGAGAGUUCAAACACAUAAAUAUGAUACCAGUCAAAGACACACUACAUCCAUCUGAACUGUCUGUGAGCUUGAGUGAAGAAAAAGGGUUUUGCUGAGAAUGAAUUAUGUCUAUGUUGUACACAGUCAAACAACAGAAGACGUGUGACAUAUGCAAUCAUUCUAUUUUGUAAAUAUCAGUUAACAUAUACUGUAUUAAUGACUUGAGAUAUACAAAGAUACAGCACUCUGGUGGACAGCAUGUGAAUACAUAAAUUUGUUCUUAGCCUUGUUUUAAUGUUAACUGAAUUUUGAAUAAAACACGCCCAAACCAU